AUGGCCGCGACAAAGAUUGACGGAACGGCGAUUGCCCGGAAGGUGCGGGAGCGGUUGCAGGCCGAGAUCGCAGAGAAGAAGGGCAUCAAUCCGCGCUUCCAGCCGUGCCUCAAAAUCAUCCAAGUGGGUGAUCGAUCCGACUCCUCUACCUAUGUGCGCAUGAAGUUGAAGGCCGCGGAGGAGUGCGGUAUUGCCUGCGAACUGAUCAAGUUCGACGAUGCAGCCACCGAAGCCGAGCUGGUUGCCCGCGUCGUCGCCCUCAACAACGACCCGUCUGUGCACGGCAUCCUGGUGCAGCUGCCGCUCCCCAAGCAUGUCUCCGAGUACAACGUCACGUCGGCAGUGGCGAGUGAGAAGGAUGUCGACGGCUUUGGCACCUACAACAUCGGCGAGUUGGCCAAGCGUGGAGGGCGUCCCUUCUUUGUCCCCUGCACCCCCAAGGGUGUCAUGAUACUUCUUGAGGAGGCUGGCGUCGAGCUGGCAGGCAAGAACGCCGUGGUCCUUGGGAGAAGUGACAUCGUCGGCAGCCCUGUCAGCUAUCUUCUCAAGAAUGCUGAUGCCACCGUCACAAUCUGCCACUCCAAGACAAAGGACCUGGACAAGUACCUCAAGGACGCCGACGUGCUGGUCGUGGCCAUCGGAAAGCCGGGCUUCGUCAGGGGCGAGCAGCUCAAGCCGGGUGUCGUUGUCAUUGACGUCGGGACGAACUAUAUCCCCGAUGCCACCAAGAAGUCGGGCCAGCGUCUGGUGGGCGAUGUCGACUUCGAGUCGGCAUCCCAGGUCGCCUCGCACAUCACUCCCGUCCCUGGCGGGGUGGGGCCUAUGACCGUCGCUAUGCUCCUUCAGAACGUUGUCGACGCAGCAACGCAAUCCUUUGAGGCGGAAAAGCAGAGGCGCAUUGUUCCCCUGCAUCUCAAGCUCUCGGACCCUGUUCCCUCCGAUAUCGCCAUUUCCCGAGCACAGGCACCCAAACCUGUCACCCAGAUCGCCAAGGAGAUUGGCAUCUCCCCGUCAGAGUUGGAGCCAUAUGGCGCGUACAAGGCCAAGGUCGACCUCAGCCUCCUGAAGCGCCUCGGCCACCGGCGGGAUGGCCGAUAUGUCGUAGUCACGGGAAUCACGCCUACUCCUUUGGGGGAGGGCAAGUCCACGACUACCAUGGGUCUUGCCCAGGCUCUCGGGGCGCAUGUCGGUCGCGUCGCCUUCGCAAACGUGCGGCAGCCUAGCCAGGGCCCGACCUUUGGCAUCAAGGGUGGUGCAGCUGGCGGCGGUUACAGCCAGGUGAUUCCCAUGGACGAGUUCAACAUGCAUCUGACUGGUGAUAUCCAUGCCAUCACGGCCGCAAACAACCUCCUGGCUGCCGCCAUUGACACCCGCAUGUUCCACGAGAGCACGCAGAAGGAUGCCGCCCUGUACAGGCGUCUGGUGCCGGUCAAGAACGGCAAGAGAACGUUCGCGCCCGUCAUGCUGCGCCGGUUGAAGAAGCUGGGAAUCGACAAGACGGAUCCCGACUCGCUGACCGAAGACGAGAUUGGUCGCUUUGCUCGUCUUGACAUCGACCCGGAUACCAUCACUUGGCGGCGCGUCCUAGAUGUCAAUGACAGGCAUCUGCGCGGCAUCGUGGUUGGAAACGCGCCCACAGAGAAGGGCCACAGCCGCCAGACUGGCUUUGAUAUCUCUGUGGCUAGCGAGUGCAUGGCGAUUCUGGCGUUGAGCACCAGCUUGGCCGAUAUGCGGGAGCGUCUCGGCAGGAUGGUCGUUGCCAGCUCGAGGAGCGGCGAGCCCAUUACCUGCGAUGACCUUGGCGCCGGCGGCGCGCUCACUGCUCUCAUGCGGGACGCCAUCAAACCUAACCUAAUGCAGAGUCUGGAGGGCACGCCCGUCUUCGUGCACGCGGGCCCUUUCGCCAACAUCAGCAUCGGCAACAGCUCCAUCCUGGCCGACAAGAUGGCGUUGAAGCUUGCCGGCACGGAGCCAGAUGAGGACUAUGCUUCCAAGGCUGGCUUCGUGGUGACUGAAGCCGGAUUCGACUUCACCAUGGGCGGCGAGCGCUUCUUCAACAUCAAGUGCCGUACAUCGGGGCUUGUGCCCGACGUGGUGGUCGUCGUGGCCACCAUUCGCGCUCUCAAGGUCCACGGCGGUGGUCCUGCCAUCUCUCCAGGUGCUCCGCUUGACCCCGUGUACAGGGAGGAGAACGUUGAGGUGCUGCGGAAGGGAUGUGUCAACCUGGCGAAGCAUGUUGCCAACGCCAGGUCAUACGGCGUCCCGGUUGUGGUCGCCAUCAACAAGUUCUCGACCGACACCCAGGCCGAGAUCGAUGUUGUGCGUGAGGAAGCCAUCAAAGCCGGUGCCGAGGACGCAGUCUUGGCCAACCAUUGGGCUGAAGGUGGCAAGGGCGCCGUUGACCUUGCCAACGCCGUCAUUGCCGCGGCUGAGAAGCCCAAGGAUUUCAAGCUUCUCUACAGCCUCGAGGGCACUGUGCAGGAGCGCAUCGAGAAGAUCGCCCGCGAGAUGUACGGCGCUGCUGCUGUCGAGUUCAGCGAGCUCGCCCAGAACAAGGUGGACACGUACACGCGCCAGGGCUUCGGCAACCUGCCCAUCUGCAUUGCUAAGACGCAGUACUCGCUCAGUCAUGACCCGGACCUCAAGGGUGCCCCAACGGGUUUCACAGUGCCCAUACGCGAUGUCCGCAUGGCUGCUGGCGCUGGCUAUCUCUACGCUCUGGCUGCUGAUAUCCAGACUAUUCCCGGCCUGCCUACUGCCCCGGGUUACCUGAACGUCGAUGUCGACGGCGAGACGGGUGAGAUCGAUGGCUUAUUCUAA